CUUCGCGCACGUUGGCCGACGUCGGUGUUUCCCUGCCUGCACGUUACCCACGGUAGAGCGGCGCUUUGCAUAAGGGAGUUGCUUGCUUUCGUCUUAACGGUGUGACAGACGCUACCUGAAGUCAUGGCUGAGCAGGUGGCCGCCAUGUGUGAUCAGCUUAUAAAAGCCGUGAUGGUGAUGAUGGACGCAGAAACCAGCCAGAUUUACCGUCUGGAGGCCCUGAAGUUUUGUGAAGAAUUUAAAGAGACAAGCACCCUUUGUGUCCCAUGUGGCCUUCGCUUAGCAGACAAAAGUCAGCCGGCUGUAGUCAGACACUUUGGCUUGCAGAUACUGGAGCAGGUCAUCAAGUUUCGAUGGAACAACAUGCAGCAGCAAGAAAAGGUCCAGCUGAAGGAGUGUGCCAUGCAGCUGCUAGCAACUGGCACCCAUUCUAUCCUGGAGGAAGAGAGCCACGUCAAAGAUGCCCUAUCUCGGAUUGUGGUGGAAAUGAUUAAAAGAGAAUGGCCUCAGCAUUGGCCAGACAUGCUGAAAGAGAUGGAGUCUCUCUCUAGCCAAGGGGAGGCGCAGACCGAGCUGGUCAUGCUGAUCCUCUUGAGGCUGGCAGAGGACGUGAUCACCUUCCAGACUUUGCCCUCACAGCGGCGUAGAGACAUUCAACAGACACUCACCCAGAACAUGGACAGCAUCUUCAGUUUCUUGUUGGCCAUUCUGCAUAUCAAUGUUGAGGACUACCGCAAAUUGAAGGAGGAACCAGGACUUGAACUGAAGGCCAAAGCUCACUGCAGAGUGGCCGUGGCCACGCUCAAUACGCUCGCAGGCUACGUAGAUUGGGUGACACUGGUGCACAUCACUUCCAGGAACUGUCAGCUGCUGGAGAUGCUGUGUCUGCUGCUGAGUGAACCCGAGCUGCAGCUAGAGGCUUCAGAGUGCCUGCUUAUUGCUUUAAGCCGGAAGGGCAAACUGGAGGAGAGGAAACCCUUCAUGCUGCUGUUUAACGACGUGGCCAUCGAGUACAUCCUGUCCGCAGCCCAAUCCGCAGAUGGUUUAGCGAUAUGUCCAAAUUCCUCCAAACCACAAGAAGUGGAGGUGGUGGAGCGGCGCUACGUUUUCCUGAAGCGGCUCUGUCAGGUCCUUUGCGCUCUAGGAUUCCAGCUCUGCUCGUUAGUGGGUCCGUGUUCAGAGGUUGAAGUUCCUCCAAAUCUCAGCAAGUACACCGAAGCCUUAUUAGCCUUUACUACACAUUCCAGUCAGUUUUUAAAAUCUUGCACUGUGUCAACAUGGGCCAGUUUGUUCAGACACGAGACUCUAUCAAAAGUCCCUGUCGUUGUGGAGAUGGCCCUCGAAUACCUCAAAGUAUCAACAACCAACCUUGUUAGGACUGGCUUUCCUUCUAAACAAGACAGCCCUAGUUGUGUGUACUCACGAAUGGACUUCGACAGCGACGAUGACUUCAACUCGUUCUUUUCCACUUAUCGGUCGCAGCACGGCGACGUUUUGAGGACGCUAAGUCGUAUCCUUCCGGUAGAAGCUUUCCACACCGCAGCAGAAUGGCUCCGAUUCCAGGUCGCCAGUCCGGUUGAUCCUGGAGAAACAACGUCGAAGACUGCAGAGGGUCUGUGUUCCUUGAUGUCUCCGUCCGUCCUUCAGUGGGAUGCGCUGACUGUCUUCAUGGAGUGUGUGAUGCAUCAGAUCUUCAAAAGCAUGGAUGAGCAGAAGUUGCCGAUAGACCAGAGCAUGGAGCUCCUGCAGGGCGUGCUGAACUACGAAACCAGAGACCCGCUCAUCCUGUCCUGUGUGCUGAGCAACAUUUCUGCCCUCUUUCCCUUCGUCACCCACAGGCCACAGUUCGUGCCACAGGUUCUCUACAAGCUAUUCAAAGCCGUCACGUUUCACAUUGAUUUGGAAAACAAGGCGCCCCGGAGUCGAGCCGUGAAGAAUGUUCGGAGACACGCGUGCUCGGCUAUCAUCAAAAUUUGCCGGGAUUACCCGCAGUUUAUCUUGCCUUGCUUCGACAUGUUUUACAACCACGUCAAAGAGUUGUUUGCAAAUGAAGCCUUGCUGACUUUCUUGGAGAAAUGCUCCCAGAUGGAAGCUCUGGUACUCAUCAGUAACCAGUUUAAAGACUUUGACAAGCAAAAGGCUUUUCUAGAUGAGCUAACGGCCCCAAUAAUCACACAGUGGACCUCUGAGGAGAUGACAAGCGUGCUUUGGGAUCCUGUCAAGUUCCUGUCGUUUGUUGGAGCAGAUGAAGUGUUCACAGAGCAAAGAGAAGCGAGAGAUACAGCUGGACCUAACAGGGGUCAAUUGAGCUUCUGUUUGUAUGCGAUGCUUGCCGUGGUGAAGCGUGCGCGAUGGCCUGCGGACCUGGAAGAAGCGAGAGCCGGAGGAUUCGUGGUGGGUGGCACACCUGCUGGAGCCCCCAUCUACAGAAACCCCUGUGCGGCUCAGUUUCUGGCCUUCCUGCCCAACCUGCUGGCUCUAAUAAGGACUCAGAACAGCUUGUUCAUGCCAGAGAACGUGGCUCGUCUCAGUGAGACUUUCUCCAGAGCCUAUGAUGUGAUGGACGGAGAUAAACUCGUAAUUCUUGGUCUCCCACAGCCUCCUCUGGAUAUUUAUGACGCUCCGGUGCAUAAAAGCCUCUUGGAUCGCAUGCAGGGAUUCUUUAACUCAUUGUUCGAAAAUUGCUUCCACAUCCUGGGUAACGCGGGUCCGGCUCUGCUGCAGGACUUCUACACCGUGGAGAGUCUGGCUGAAGGAAUCAUCGGCUCUGCCUUUACUUCCCUCGACCACGUGCCUGACCACAGACUCCGCUCAAUGAUUCGGCUGUUUUUGAAGCAGCUAGUGAUCUCAUGUCCUCCAGAGUAUCACGACAGUCUGCUGCGCCCUCUGCUGGGGCCUUUGUUCACCUACAUGCUGCAGAGACUAAACGUAAAGUGGCAGGUCAUCAACCAGAGGACGUCCGUCAAUGACGAGGAUGAGGAGGAGCGGGCGGUCUACGAGGACUGCGCUGUGACUCAGGAGAUGUUGGAGGAGCAGCUGGUUCGCCUGCUCACCAGGGAGGUUCUGGAUCUGCUCAAUGUAAGCUGUAUUUCCAGAAAAGGGCCUGAACCAGCAGCAAUUAAGGAGGAAAUCGAUGAGGAAGACGUGAUGAUGGAGUCGGUGCAGGUGGCGUCUUCCCCUCAACCCACAGAAGAGCUGAGUGAGCUUGGAAGAUGCUUGAUGAAACACGAGAGUGUGUAUAUGUCAUUGCUGACCCUCUCGUUCACCUCACUGUCCUGGAAGGACACCACAAACUGCCACCGAACGGCGUCCAUGGUCUGCUGGAACCUCCUGCGGCCGGUUGUAGCAGGUAACCUCCUCCCUGAAGCGGUCACAUGGUUCUACACCAGCGUUCUCAGAGCCCUGCAGGUUCACGGACAACAUGAAGCCUGCAACACUCCCCUCUGUAACCUAGCAAUGCUCAUCUACGAAAACCUGCGGCCUCGCUACGUGGAGCUGCGGGCAGUGAUGACCCAAGUUCCAAACAUCAGCAUUGACGCUCUGGACCUCUACGAUCAAAGGCUGGUGGAUCCCAACGCCCAGAAGGCUGGAGAGAAGAAAAGGAGAGACCAGUUCAAGAAGCUCCUGGCAGGAACUAUAGGGAAAGCUCUCUGCCAGCAGUUCAGGAAGGAGGUCCACAUCCGCAACCUUCCGUCACUCUUCAAGAAGCCGAAGCCGGAAAAGGACAUAGUGGAGACUGAACAACUGGGCCUUGAAGCUCUCUUCAGUCAGGAGAGCAACACGCUGUAGGGGGGAAAGGACUUCUUUACUGGCUGGAAACGUUUGUUGUGUGUUUUAACAUCUCCACAACGCUCAGCUGUAGCCGCGUGGAGCUGCCCAACAUAUCUGUCAACUUGCUUUUCAGUGGGUCAUCUCAGCAGGACUCGCACAAACACGCAAUUUUCUUUUUGCGGCGGCAAACUAUUUAACUUUGACACACAAAUUAAACAGAAGUCCAUAUUGUCUGAUGGGUUUUUCAGAGCACAGUAACAAUUUUUUUUUUUAAAGAAGCCACAAAUCUGACUUUAUUUUUCUCUCUUUAUUGCCACUUCUGGUUUUUUUUAUCAUUUUAACAAGCUAAAGCUACAAAACACUAAGAAGAGCUCCAUUAUGAGCUCAGCUGCAGCUUUUGUAUUCAGGAAAAGGUGUUUAAAAUCUUUCAAUCCUCAAAUAAGCAAAAUCUGAAGUAGUUUGUUUCAGAGGGAGCUUUUUUUAUGGCACACAGAGAGGAACAGAUCUGUAUUAUGCGGUUUGCACAGAGCUGGGUGUGUUUGGUGUUAAAAACUAAGUAUGUGAGCUUAGAGUUGGCAGAUAUGUUGUGGGGAUUUAUUCAAUAAGGAUUUAUUCUAGGAUAAAACUGAAGGGGGGGGAAGUAGUGCGUGGUUCUGGUGACGGGUGUUUCCUGUGACUGGAUGAGCUUUAACACGGUUUCUGAUUCUGAAGGAGUUUUAUCAGUGGUACCUUAGGUUCAACGUUUCUUUGAUAGGAAGAAAAAACUUUUAAGAAACUUUGAAUAAACUGCUACAGUGUUGAUUUUUUUUUUUUUUUUUUUUUACAUUUUUUUUGGUUAAAGGUAAAUAUAACCUUGCAUACAAGAAGAAGAAGCUGUUUAACACACAUUGCCAGACAGCUAAGCUAACUUUGGUUAUUCUAAACAACUUGAGCGAUCCAACAUUUAUUUGGAUUUGCGUGAAAAGUGCAGCGCACAUACUCCACAGAUAUAUGUGCCAAAACACUGACUGUAGGCUUCUAAGCAGACACUUCGGUCUGUGUAUAAUUUAACAAUAAAACUAUUUAAGGAUCAGCAAAUGUGUAGCUUAUUCCAAGUACACAUACCUAUUUUUUCAUUACCUGAUCUUUUUUUUUUUUUUUUUUUUUACUUGAUAAUUUUUAUGAACAGGCGCUAUAUUCCUUUGUUGUUUAAAGGAUUGUUUUAACAUGAUUUAUCGGGUCGCUGUUUGUUGCUGUUUUAGCAGAUCAUAAUUCCCUUUUUUUCUCUUUUUUUUAAAUUUUUUUUUAUUGUUUUAUAUAUGCAGACCAAAAUAUAUGGCAGCUGUUUCAGCUUGAACCUCUUAAAAUACACUUUGACUGGUCUACAUAUCAAAUACUGUUUGACUGAAGAAAUAUUUCUCUCCCACAAAUGAAAGGAUUUACAGCUUUAUAUAUAUAUAUAUACACACAUAUAUAUAUAUAUAUAUAUGUGUGUGUGUGAACAAAUGGUCUUUUUUUUGGGAAUGUCUGUUCAACACUAAGAUUUUCUGUACAAAGACAAACACGGGAAUUUUGAAAAUGUUAUGUGGUUUAUAUUUUUGCUAUAGAUUGGACAUGUUUAUUGUUAGAAAUGUUUGUUUCUUUUCAUUUAGACCCCAGUGACGCGUAGAUGAGCUACAUGGUGACAUUAAACAAAACGAUCUGCCUCAUUUGGGUCUUUGCACAUUGCUUGUUGUAAAAAAGGGGAAACAAGAUUUUACAUCUGCCAUUUAGACAAACAAUUCAGAUUUUCUCUCAUUGAAGACAUGCAAGUCUUAUAUAGGUUUAUAAUUGAAAAUCGUUGUAAAUAUUGUUGGUUAAAACAAUCAACUUGAAACAAGUAAAUUAUCUGGACUUCGAAACCUUGAAAUACCUACACCCUGCACUAAUCCUUAAACCUCACCAAUUUUUCCAUUUUAUCUUCUUUAGUGUGUAACUUUAGGUUUUAAAAGGUUUAUUAUAUUGUAGAAGAAGUUUUCAAUAAAUGUUAAGUUUCACCUAAAAAUGUUUACUGCUUUUGUGAUGUAAAUUUGUGACAUUUAGAUACAAGUAGCUUUAAGAAAAAGGCUUUGUAAAGGUGACACAGAUGAACUGUCAGACUGGUUCGUCAUAGUGAAAUAUGGAAAUGAGGAAAAACUUUAAAAGCAGGUAAAACAAUGAAGGAGGUUAAUUAAGCAGAACAUGCUUCUUGUGAAGAGCCAUAAAUCACUAAAUAAUCCAAGCCAACAUGUAGUUGGAUGUGUUGCCACAUAAAAUGUAGAUCUGCACUUUGCGAGUUGUGCGUGGACAAAACACAACCGGAAGAUGAGCUAAAGUUAUGUCCAGAUUUUAAAACGUUUUCCCAAACUGCAAAGAUGCUCAUAUUGUUUUAGACAAACUGCGGUGCUUUUAAUAAUAUGCCAGAGAAGGUGCAGAGAGAGACCGGAGUUUCCUUUGUGUGUGGAGCACAGAGUAAUGUGGAUGUGCUCGUCUUUUAACCUUUUGCUUCACACAGCUGACAGAAAGAAGGGUCAAACAUUUUUCUAUUGCUUUCAAUAAAAGCAAGUUUUGUCUGGAAAUAUUUCUAGUCACUGAAAACUAAAGCACAAACUAAAGCAGCAUAAUUUGUUGCACCGAUGGAGAUAAUUUUAAAACUACAGCUAAUAAGGUGGAAUGUCAGUUCACUCUCUUGACAGCUUGGUCUUCCUGAUCAGGUCACUUUUUAUUCUUGUUAGUCUGUAAUAAUAAAAAGUGUAUUUUGUGCAAGAAGCAAUCAAAAAACUACUGAAUUUUCCAAAAGUUCUGUUAUUGCUGUCUUCAUCAAAAUCUAAGUAAACACUACAACAUAAUUUGUUAGCAGCAGCAGGGGGAAUAGUCGCUACUCUUCUUUUGAAUAAAAGUAACUUGACCAUGUUUCGCAAAUUCUGCUGAGUAAUUUUGUGCAAAUGCUACGAAAGUGUAUUUUUCUUCUAGUUAACUCGUCACGAGAACCUCAACCGGUGAAUAGCAAGCUUAAGUUUAGAUGACUGAAGUCUUACCAGCAUGAAGUUUGGGCUAAGGUUGCUACUUGGAGCGGAUAGCCCUAGAAAAUGACUUCACCUGGGACAUACCUACUGUGAAAACCCUUGAGAAUUAUUUCAACAUUAUUUUUUUUAAAUAAUGUUAACUUUGAUUAGUUCUGUGUGAGAUGAGGGCAUGUUUUAUACGCACAGCUACUGAACUGGUUUUCUCAUGGCUCCAUGUAAAUAAAAUAAACGUCUAUAGUAAUUAUAAUUGGCUUGUUGUUCCCAAUUGAAUUUCUGCUCAGGGCCUCAUAAAGCCUUUGCUCAGUUCUGGGGCAUAAAGAUACAUUUCCAUGAUCAGCCUUGUCACUUCUGUUAUUUAAAAUUGUAUUAACUGUAAGUCAAGAAACUAUUUUCUGACUUUUGUAGAUCACAACAUCUGCCUGACUUGAAUGAUGUGUUAUUUUAUUUUAUUAUUUUUUUAUCCUUUGCAUUUUGAAGACUGGGCAAGAAAAAUUGGCUUGUGUCAUUUUUUUAGAUCUUGUAGAAGCAAGAAUUAAUGGAUUACAAAUAAAGAGCUAUUUGACAGA